AAAAGAUACAUCUAGGUUAAUAAUUGUAACACUGGAGAUUUUUAUAAACCACGAUUAUUUGUUUUCCUAAGUUUGUCUUCUAUUAACGCUAAUAUUCAAAGCAUAACUGAGGAUUCCGAAACAAAAUCUUUUAAUUCCCAUUUGUUAGGAAAUGGGGGAAAAAAUUUCGGUCAUCUCAAAUAUACUGUUUAUUAAUAUGUAUUUGUACUUCUUUUUCUUUUUCCUCAUUUGAAAAGUUAAUAUUUCGAAUUUCGAUAUUUCUAUAGUUUUCUAAAUUCAUUAUAAAUAAUACAGUAAAUAUAUUUUUGUCACACGUCGUUUUAUACAUUUUAACCUCUCGACACGUAUUAUAAUUUUAAGUUCAUCUUUGAUGAAGACCAUCUUAUUUUGUGAUAUAUAAAUUAAGAUCGUUUUAAAUAACUAUAAAUACAAUACUAAUAAGAUAACCUUAAGUCUAUGCUUUUGUCGAGUGAGAAACAUUCAUGAAACAUAUUAAAGCGUCUUGGAAGAAGAUCAUCUUCAACAAGUCACAUCUUGAGAUUUUGCUCAAUUUGCAAAUUUUACAAAUUGCUUAUUCUUCGCUUAUGAAUCUAGAAAGAGUUAAGGUGAUCCUCAAAAUAAAACUAUGAGUACUCUGGAUCUUAGACAAAAAUUCGAUUAAAAAGUACGAGCCAAUCACAGUUCGAUUUUGAUGAGAAACCACACUAGUCAACAUUAAGUAGCGCCUGACGUUGAACGACCAAGCAAAGGCCAGACGGUUGUUCUAUAUUUUCCUGUUUUUUUAGUCCAGUUUUGAUAAACGUUUACGCGAAUUUUUUCAAGUAUCAUCUAUUUCGAUAAUAUGGCACCAACAAUUCAAACUAAUGGGAGUACAUCUGAAAGAGACAAACGAACAACAAGACCAGCAGAAAAAAGAUCUGAAUUAAUAUGCAGAGUUAAAUAUUGUAAUACGCUUCCUGAUAUUCCAUUUGAUCCUAAGUUUAUCACAUAUCCAUUUGAAUCAACUCGAUUUAUUCGGUAUAAUCCCACAUCAUUGGAACGUAACUACAAAUAUGAAGUUUUGACAGAACAUGAUCUAGGCGUUGAAAUAGAUCUUAUAAAUAAAGAUACCUAUGCUGGAGAUGUUAAUGGUCAGUUAGAACCUGCUGAUGAAAAACUUCUUGAAGAAGAUGUUCUUACACCACAAGAUUCAAAAAGGUCUAGACAUCAUGCCAGAAGUGUUUCUUGGCUUAGACGUACUGAAUAUAUUUCAACAGAACAAACUAGAUUUCAACCACAGACAGUUGAUAAAGUUGAAGCUAAAGUUGGUUAUAGUAUUAAGAAGAAUUUCAAGGAGGAGACAUUAUAUAUGGACAGAGAAAGUCAAAUAAAAGCAAUUGAAAAAACAUUUGAGGACAAUAAGAAAUCAAUUGAUAAGCAUUAUAGCAAACCAAAUGUUGUACCUGUUGAAAUUUUACCUGUAUAUCCUGAUUUCAAGUUAUGGAAAUACCCUUGUGCUCAAGUAAUAUUUGAUUCAGAUCCUGCACCAACAGGACGUUCUGUCCCUGCUCAGAUAGAAGAGAUGUCUCAAGCAAUGAUUCGGGGUGUCAUGGAUGAGAGUGGUGAACAAUUUGUAGCAUAUUUCUUACCUUUAGAAGAAACGUUAGAAAAGCGAAGGAGAGAUUUUACCGCUGGCAUUGACUAUGCAGAUGAAGAAGAAUAUGAAUAUAAGAUGGCUAGAGAGUAUAAUUGGAAUGUUAAAAGCAAAGCAUCUAAAGGAUAUGAAGAAAAUUAUUUCCUCGUUAUACGACAAGAUGGGGUGUACUAUAAUGAAUUGGAAACUCGUGUACGGCUUAGUAAACGCAGACAGAAAGCUGGCCAACAACCAAAUAAUACACGAUUAAUUGUGCGUCACCGACCAUUAAAUGCCAAUGAAUUUAAAAUGCAAAGAUACAGGGAAAAACAAUUAGAACCUCCAGGAGAAGAAGACGAAGAUGAAGAAGAGGAAGAGGAGGAAGAGGAAGAAGAAAUGCAGCAAGAAACUGAAAAAGCAGAAGAGAAAGCUGACUCCGAAAAUGAGAGUGGUUCGCGUGCAUCCUCCAGAGCAUCUUCUCGUGUUUCCAGUAAAAGAUCUCAUACGCAUUCUCCAUCUCCCUCUAAAUCUGGUUCAAGAUCCAAGUCACGUUCACGUUCCCGCUCUACAUCAAAGUCUUCAUCUCGUUCUCGUUCUAGAUCGCGAUCGGAAUCACGCUCCCCAUCUAAAUCACGUAGUAGAUCAAAAUCAAGAUCUGAAUCACCUCAAUCGAGAAAUUCUUCUCGGUCAAGGUCUCGAUCCAAAUCAAAAUCAGCAUCGAGAUCUCGAUCCAAAUCAAAAUCGGCAUCAAGAUCCCGAUCCAAAUCAAAAUCAGCAUCGAGAUCUCGAUCUGGUUCUCCUGUUAAAUCACGAUCAAGAUCACGAUCAAGGUCAAAGUCCAGAUCGAGGUCACGAUCUCAUUCAAAAUCAAGGUCUGCAAGUGGAAGUGGUAGUGUUUCUGGUAGUGGUAGUGCUGCAAGUGGUUCUGAAAGUGAAUAAGUAAAUGUUAUGAAAUAUAUAAACAGUGGUUCCUA